AAGAAAAAUAAAGAAUUUCAGGCCUCUCCUGAAAACAACCCUCGCGCUAAAGGUCGUCUUGAUUUUUCCUCUGUCGACGCAAGCAAGGGGAAUUGAGUUGACCUGCGUUGCAAGAGGCCGAGGUGAAAUAAAUAAAGGACAGGAGAGGCUCUGGCCAAGAGUCGCAUGCUGGUGGGAGGAGUUUCCAUGGCAAUGAAGAGAAGUGGAAGUACAAAAUCGCCCUCCCACCCCACCUCGUCAGCAUGAAGAGGUGCACAUCGGAUGAGCUGCAGCAGCCUGAGGAGGACUGUGCUGGGGCUGAAGAUGCCCCCAACUUGGCUGCCAUGGAUGCUAAACCUGGGGAUUGCGCUUCUGCCCUGUCAGAGUUGGGCACUGCUGCUAAUCCGAAUCCUGCUCCCCAUCCUGUUCCCCGGAGCAAGCCUCCCGAUUUAAAGAAAAUACAGCAGCUCUCCGAAGGCUCCAUGUUUGGCCAUGGCCUGAAGCACCUUUUCCACAGUCGCCGCAGGUCGCGGGAACGAGAGCACCAGAACUCCCAGGACUCUCUGUCGCAGCACUACGGGAUGUCUGACCACGACUCCCCUGAUGAGAAGGAACGCUCGCCAGAGAUGCACCGUGUCUCCUAUGCCAUGUCCCUCCACGACCUCCCUGUACGCCCCACUGCCUUCAACAGGGUGCUGCAGCAGAUCCGCUCCCGCCCAUCCAUCAAGAGAGGGAGCAGCUUGCACAGCGGCAGCCGCCGGAGCAAAAGCAGCUCCCUUGAUCCCCAGAAAGGCAGCCCCCAUCUGGUCCGGAAGGCUCCCCAGGAUAGUAGCCUCACAGCCAUACUGCAUCAGCACCAGGGCCGGCCAAGGUCUUCAUCUGCCACAGACACCGCCAUCUUGCUGGCUGAAAGUGGGGCUGUGUACCUCCUCCCGGAGGAGUCGGAGUGCCUCGCCGACAAGCUGGACAAAGGAGACGUGAGCACGCUUAGCCUGCCUUCCAAUGCCAGCCACAGCGACUCCGACGUCGGCAACAUCUGCUUGGAUGUCCCAGAUGGCACCCCAGACCCGCACAGGACGAAAGCAGCCAUCGACCACCUGCACCAGAAAAUCCUCAAGAUCACCGAGCAGAUCAAGAUCGAGCAGGAGGCUCGGGACGACAACGUAGCUGAGUACCUGAAGCUGGCCAACAACGCCGACAAGCAGCAGGCCUCCCGCAUCAAGCAAGUCUUUGAGAAGAAGAACCAGAAGUCGGCCCAGACCAUCGCCCAGCUCCAUAAGAAGCUUGAGCACUACCACAAGAAGCUAAAGGAGAUUGAACAGAACGGGCUCUCCCGACAGCCCAAGGAUGUGUUUCGGGACAUGCACCAGGGCCUCAAGGAUGUGGGGGCCAAUGUCCGGUCCAGCAUCAGCGGCUUCGGAGGUGGGGUAGUGGAAGGCGUCAAGGGAAGCCUGUCGGGUUUGUCCCAGGCCACCCACACGGCUGUGGUCUCCAAGCCCCGGGAGUUUGCUAGCCUGAUCCGGAACAAGUUUGGCAGCGCCGACAACAUCGCCCACCUGAAGGACGCUCUGGAUGACGGGCACCCCGAGGAGGCCUCGAGGACUCUGAGCGGCAGCGUCACCCUGGUGUCCAGCCCCAAGUACGGCAGCGAUGACGAGUGCUCCAGCGCCACCUCGGGAUCGGCGGGGGGCAGCAACUCAGGGGCAGGGCCCGGCGGCUUGGGGAGCCCAAAGUCCAAUACCCUGGACAGUCACCACAAUAACUUUGACACCAUCCUGGAGGAGCUCCGGGAGAUUAAGGACAGUCAGUCGCACCUGGAGGACUCAAUGGAGGAUCUCAAGGCGCAGCUGCAGAGGGACUAUACCUACAUGACGCAGUGCUUGCAAGAGGAGCGGUACAGAUACGAACGCCUGGAAGAGCAGCUGAAUGACCUGACGGAGCUCCACCAGAAUGAAAUGACCAACCUGAAGCAGGAGCUAGCCAGCAUGGAGGAGAAGGUGGCCUAUCAGUCCUAUGAGAGAGCUAGGGACAUCCAGGAAGCGGUGGAGUCGUGCCUCACCCGCGUCACCAAGCUGGAGCUCCAGCAGCAGCAGCAGCAGGUGGUGCAGCUGGAAGGGGUGGAGAACGCCAAUGCCCGGGCCCUGCUAGGCAAAUUCAUCAACGUCAUCCUGGCCCUCAUGGCAGUGCUGCUCGUCUUCGUCUCCACCAUCGCCAACUUCAUCACGCCCCUCAUGAAGACCCGCAUGCGCAUCCUCAGCACCACCCUGCUGCUCCUCUUCCUCUUCCUCCUCUGGAAGCACUGGGACUCCAUCGCUUACUUCCUGGCGCAUGUUUUGCUCCCCAGCUGAUUCCCUGGGGGCAGCAUUCCAUUUUCCUACUGAGAAAACAGGAAAGGGAUUGGCGGGUGGGGGAGAAACUGGAGCCUUCCAUAAAAUGUCUUCAUUCAUUCGGUUCAGCCUGGUUUCCCACCCCCUGCACCCAUCCGUAUUCACAUCCUGCAUCCUCAUUGUGGCCAGGAGCACAUGUGGGCUGUUGUGCCAGAAUUGUUCACUCCUCCGCGAAGCCCUGGGAGUUGAGGAUGGGGAGAGCGAUGGAGAGUUUGGAAGAAGCCUGUAACUGGCAUGUUCUUAGUUUGUUUGUUUGUUUUUAAUGACAUUAUCAUAAUAGUCUCUGGGCACGAGGCUUUCUUUACAUGCCAGCUGCUACCGGGACUGUAAUUUAAAAGCUUUGUAUCCAGAGCAGAGUUUGCCUUUGAACCCAGCCACCGGGAAACUUUCUCUAGCGAGAGGAGAAGUUUUUUCUUAAAGACAAGGCUGGUGAAAAGCUCAUACCUGGGAUGCAAUAAAGAAAUCAAUAGCAAAAGGAAGAAGUGGUGCUCAAAGUGAAUAUUCUAAUGUUUCUGCUCCUGGGAGAGCUUGCAUAUUUGAUGAAACAGAAUGUACACAUCACACCAGCUUCUCCAGACCAGACGCUUGUUCAUUCCCAUUGUUACCAAACAGCUGACAAGCUGAACACAGAAUUGGGGUUGCUAUUUAUUAUUAGGAUGGCUUCCUUUGCACAGCUGAUCAUUGGCGUACGGCCAGCGGAUACCAGUUCUGGUUCUGAUCAGAAAACACAUACACUUCUGGCACAGGUGAAACACAGUGGGUUGGCGUUAGUUUUUUUCCUACUUUGGCUUUUGUUUGAUCUCUUCAGGGACACGUGGACCUUCCAACAUUGCACCUAUGAAAUUUACGAUCUACGCAAAGUGUUGUGCGCAUGUUUUAAUUUAUUUCGAGGUUCUGUUUCCAUUUGUGAAUCGAGCGUGGGGGUAAAAUGCAGCUGCUAUCACAGCCUCCAUGUUGCUAAAGAAGACAGAGCAUGUUGUCUCAAAAGUUUCUUGAAUGGUUUCAUAUUUAUGUGCGUGUGUGUAUGUAUACAUACACACACACACAAUCACAUCCUCUCCUGUUGCAACUGGGUUUAGCUCCAGUUUACAGUCACAGAGAAUUUGGCCUUUCGUAUCUUUGAGGCUCAUUCCUGCUUUCCUGACACAGCCAGAAAUUCUACAGGUGUACUAAAGAAGUCAGUGGAUGUGGUGGUGUGGCACGGAAUGCAGGAUUGAGUGCUUGGAAGGAGGGAUUGUCCUAAUUUGGUGAACAGCCAGUCACCUUUGUCUGUUAAAGGAAAACGCCUGCAUUGUCUCUCCCCUUGUUUCUUGGGCUUUGACACCUAGAAGGUGGUAUGGGCUCCUCUAUGCUAUCUUUUGGUUUCUCAGCUGAACACCGGGGAUAUGCUGUGACUUUGGAGUGUAAAGAUCUAGCCAGGAAAUUCAUUCCUGGUCUAACUUCAUUGACCAAUGAAUCCUAGCUAGGAUUGCUCCUAUAGGCAGAAGUGCAAGGAUCCCAUUUGUAUGAUGCAAAGGUCAGUUAUUCAAGGGUUGUUGCAAACGAUAUGCAAGAAGCAUGGCUGAUAAAGGACAUGCUUGCAUUUCCCAUUCCAGAUCUUGGUCUGUGUAUAAUCCUUGCACCUUUGCCAGAAUGGAUACAUGAUAAAGAAUAAAUGACUAGAGGGUGGAUGGAUUGGGAGGAGGAAGCAUUGGGCCUGAUUCCCCCCAUGUUGUGCAGACACAUCUGUGCAGAGUAGGUGUGGAACGUUCCUGUUCUGAUGUAGCGUGGGAAGGGCACAGGGUGCAACGCGGUGGAGAAUCAGACCCCAGGAGUUCUUUAGAUGAUAGAUUGCUUCCCUCCUCAUGGCAAUCCUUCCUGCAAGACAUUUGCAAAUGCCCGUUCAAAAACUCCGACAUCCUUUUGCCUUUUUCCAUGCCGGUUAUGAAGGAUGAACACAUGUGGGGUGUCCACUUAUCAAAUAUGGGCACCUAAGCUUGGCUCCUGCAUUUCUGCCACUCAUACCAGCACCUGGAACUGGGUCCAGGAACCUCGAGCAUCCAUUGGAGUUGGGCACCCCUGGUUAAGAGCUGGACCUAGAACAUUUGGGCAGUGGGAGGGGGCACGCCUGAAAUAACACCCCACCAUGUUCGGCUUUGGUGUUAGGUGGUGGGGACUGCUCUUUAGAAUGAUCAGCCGUAUACUGCAGAGACCUCUGUUGGAAAAGCUCACAUGAAACGUACAAGCAAUGCUCUGAGCCUUCUUGGAGACUGGGGGGAUGUGAGCCCCAACCUCUCUUCUAUAGACCUAUUUAUUUUGUAUUUUUGUAAGGAUUUAGCUAGAGUUAACAUUCCUGAUUUUAUCAGUUAUCCAAGGAAACUUGGAUUCUGUUGGAAACGACGAGCUAAUUUAUGUAUUGACACCAGGUUUGAUAUUCUCAGACCCGAGGGGCAGAAAUCUUAAUACACUGAUAAUUCCAAAUGGCUACAACUUAUGGCCCAGGUUCAGGAAAGUGUCCUGCUUCAGGACAGCAUGUAAGCAGAUGCUCAACUUUAAACACUUGCUAAAGUCUCUUUGAAGUCUGUAGGAUUUAAACACACCCUUAAGUGCUGUCCUGGAGAAGGGCAGUCCUAAGCACAUGCUUUAAAUGCUUUCAUGCACUGGGGCCUAAUAAUUAAGGUUCUGGUUCCCCUUUCACUGGGGUAGCUCCACGGACUUCAACGGAGCAUCCAGUCUGGAGUAGGCAGGGGAUCUGAUUAAUUAGACAAAAGGUUGAGCUCCUUUCAGGGGGCCCGAUUGUUUUUUCACUCUAGUGUAAAUAAGACGUUGCAAAGGUAUUUUUGUUUUAUUUCAGUAAAACCUAGAGGCCCCAAAUCAAGGUCCAAGCGCCAUUGUGCUGGGUGCUAAACUAGCAUGUAGUAAGAAAGUCCCUGCCCCAAAGAGCUUACAGUUUAAAUAGGAGACACACCAGGUAAUAGAAUCCAGGUUUCCUGCAUCCUAGGUCAAUGUCCUACCCCCUGGACCAGGCCACCCCUCAAGCAGCUCUUUACAUGCGCAAAACCAGUUUGCGAUCAUGGUCUGCAAGGUGAUAAGCGAGGACCAUCCCUUCUUCAGAGAUGACCACUAACUCCUGGGUCGGGUCUCAGUUAGGCUGCAGCACCAGUUAUUGCUGCCAAGGUCACGUGUGCUCCACCAGGAGCAAGGAGAGGAAGAGGGGCCCUUUAACCCCUCCAUUAAGUUUCCUCCCCCUCUCAAUAAGCCAUUCCCUCUAUUUCCCUGAUGCCUCAGGACCCACAUGUUGACCUGAUCCUCUCCUCCUGCAGCUAGAACUCUGACAGAGCAUGAGGCAUUUCCCUGCAAUCAGCCACUCUCCUGCUGCCCAAUGGAUGGGAAUCUGUGGGAUCUUUCUGCCUGUCUAUCGUACUAAAAGCAUUGUCCAUCCCUAAUCCGAUCACUGUCAGUAUCAUUGUACAGGCUGCAGGGGCAGUGUUACUACCUGGAACAGUGGUUCACAGAUCACUGUGGUCUCUGACUGCUUCCACACAGCUACACCCCUUGUCUCCUGCAUUAUGAGCUGCACCAGAGCUAUAAAGCAGGGAACAGGCAAAACAACUCCAAGGCGGACUCCCAAGCUACCCUCCAAACCCACUUCUCCUCAGCAGCCAGGCCCACCUGAGUCAAAGUAUAGCUCUGCUGUUCCUGCCCACACUGUAGCAGAAACAGAAGAAUAUCUUGCUUCUCCUGCAUUUUAAUGGCUGGUUGUUUCUCUGGAGGAAUUGGGUUUCAAAGACUUGGUGACAACCGUUCAGGUGGCAGGCAGAGGUGCCUCACACACACCCCAGCGGCAGUAUUUAGAGGCUGAACUAAAUCUGGGAUGGGACAUGUUGAUAAAUAAAGGGAGGAAGUUUUGAAUGCAAAAUGUAGUGGAGAUUAGACUUGGGAAGUGUAGGGCCUGAUUCGCCCUUGCCCUUGCCCUGACCUGCGUCUCAUCAUUUACAUCCACGCCAAGUGAUGGGGAAGUGCCACUCAAGUGCAAAUUAUGACAAGAUGCAAGGCAGCAUCUUGGGUGGCUGGGGCUAAAUCUCCUCUUACACCACUUGUCCGCUGACUGCUCCUAAUUGACAACAGUAUAAAAUCAGAAUCAGGACCUGUGCUCUCCCUUAUGGAGAUAUGGGCAAUUGCUGACCACUGGCUCUUCCCAUCUAAGUGUCAGAGACACGCCAUAGAAGGCAAAGAGGUGCAGUAGACAGAGUGGAAGGGUUGCUAACCUGGUGGUAGUGAUCAGGCUGCACUGUAGAGCUUCCCAAGUUUCAUUUGGCUGACAGGUUUCCCUCUCUAUCUCUGAGCACUUUUUAAAGGACAAGCCACAGCUGUUUUGAGCAAACAGAUCUUCUCAGGUCUGCACAGGAUUCAAGAAUGGGGGGAGGCCAAAACCAAACUAACAAAAAAACUUUUAAGAAAGCCUCCAAAUCACCCCCCCCCCCAUCACCAGAGGUCCUAGUCCACACUUAAAAGUUAGGUCAACCAAGCUACACAAUGCAGAGCUGUGAAAAAUGUCACAGCGCUGAGCACCUGUUAGGGCAUCCUAACCCCCAGUGUAGACUUCAGUCUACACUUCAGCAGCAGCACCAGAAGUGGCUGGAGCACAGACAUACCCUUAAUGUUGUAGGAGGGAGGCAGGCUUUCUCCCUUUUCCCGAGGCACCAGAUCAGGGAGGAACCACUUAACCACAAUCAUAAGACCCUUACUUCAGGGCAACCAGACUUACAUGCAGAAAUAGCAAAGUUUCUAGGACCCAUGACAGGCUAGUGACCUGGGGAUCUGCAGCAGACAACAUAGCUACUGAUCCUUUCUUUCUUAGCAGCCCAGCUGCUGCCUUUUCCUGUUUAUGUAGCCAAGCCACAAGGGUGGGACAGGGUGCUCCUUGAUUGUGCCCAGCCUUUCUUGGCUGUAAACUCCAGACUGUCUCUUAAAGGGGUAGUACUACUCCCUAUCACUGUCUGUUUUAUAAUAUAUCAUUAUAUGUGUUAUGGUAACAACCAACUGAGAUCAGGACCCCAUGAUGCUAGGUGCUGUACAUACCCAUAAUGAGGGACAGUGCUGGCCUCAGAGAGCUUAUGAUCUAAAUAGACAAAGGAUGGGAGGGGAAACAGACGCACAGAGCGUGGCAACUGUCAUGCCCAUGGUCACACAUCAGGGCAGUGUCAGACUCUCAGUCCACUGGAUUUUCAGGGCAUAUUUGCCUUGAUUUUGUUCUGCAAGAGCUGCAGUUAUUUGCCAGGGUGGGGAGAUGGUUUAUUUUAGGAAAAAUUGCAGAGAACUUUUGAAAUGUUAAAAAUGAUUUUAAUAGAUAUUAUGGGGCAGUUUUAUGUCCCUGUUCUUCAAUGACAGUGGCCCCGACCCUGGCACACAGGUAACUGUACUCAGUUGUUCCUACUGACCUUAAUGGGACAACUUACAUGAAUAUAAUUAGGCACACGCCUAAGUAUUUGCAGGAUCUGGGCCUGAGACUCCACAAAUAUUCUGUCUCGGGGACACUGGCGGGGAGUUUCAGCCCCCAAAUUUAGAUUUUGUUUCAAGUUUUACAGAAAUGUUUCCUGGGUUUUCUUGUGAUUUCUACCAGAACAGAUUUUUUGUGCAGAACUUAAAAGUUUCCUGCAGUUUUUGCAACCCAACCUCACAGCCAGGAAUUGAAACUGACUAAAAAAAAUCCCAACAGUUUAAACUGACCACUGUGGUUCCAUUGUGCAAGAGGAGUCAAAUGCAAAAAGUGAACGACUGUGUAAAUGGCAAAAAGCCAUUUAGCGUGUAAAAAAAUGGUUUCAGAAGUGAUUCUCCUGGGGGGGGAUCGUUAAUGACGUGGAUGAGGAAUUUGCUCUUUUGUUGUUGUUUUUUUUAUCAUUUAUAUUUGUCAUCUGACAGUGUUCUUUGGAGAACAAAGGGUGAAAUUCCCACCAGCACAAGGUUGAGGCAUUAUUCAGAGCCUCAAAACAGGGUUUAAAUCAUGGCAUUAUGUGGUUUGUAGCCUUUAUGAACAGGGGUGAAUUUCACCCUAAGAGCCUGAUCCUGCCAAACAACUGCUAGGUAGCAUUGUGCUUAGUGUCAUUACCAUGAUGGUCUCAUCAAGCCAUUGCAAGCUCAUGGUAAUAAUCACAAUGGUCCUGCUCCAAAGCCCAUUGAAGUCACUGGAAAGCCUCCUGCCAAUGGGACAGACCCCGUGCCAGCUAGUUAUCAUUUGCAGCAUCAGACCUGAAAACAUUAAACCAAAAAAUAUCAUGAAUCGUAUGUUUAGUGCUAGGGAUUUCAACAGUGCAGUGAAUGAACCGCAGGGUUUACCAAUACUGAGGUGCACAAACCCAUCCCUGCUCACCUUGAUCAUCCGUGUGACUGCAGCACAAAUGCCACAGAGCAGCAAGGACAGAAGGGUCCCGAGCCUACAACCACGCAGGCACAUGAGUAGCUUUACUUCCGUGGGGAGUCCCACUGAAAGCUGUGAUUUCCAGAGACGUUAGCACCCCCCCACCACCAUUGAAUUUCCAUCAGCAGUAGGCACUUUUCAUGAUUAUUAUUUGUCAUAUAUUUGCAUUGCAGUUCACCUGAGGGCCCUGCUCAUAGGCAGGACCCCGGUGUGCUGGGUGCAGUCCAAAUACAUAAGAAAAGACAGGCCCUACCCCAAGAGCUUGGGGCCAGAUUUUCAGGUGCCUAAAGACGCGGAUAGGCAUCUUGUGUGGUUUGCAAAAGUGUCUGUUUAAAAUAACUGCCGAACGCCCAUUGAUUUCUAAGCUACUGAGGCUUUUUUGUAAGUUCCAGUAGGCGCCUACCUGCACCUUUGAAAAUCUGGCCCAUCGUCUGAGACAAGAACUUCACUCUUUUAGGUCCUUUUGAAAAUCCCAGGUGAAGUCAAUGGGAACUACUCAGGCUUAAACAGGUGCAGGCAUCAUCAGGACCCGAGCCUUGCUUGAAAGAGGCACGGCUCCCCUCGGCACCACGACCCUUUCUGAUGCCGUGUGUGGCUGUAUUUAUUGUCGUUGCUUGACACUUGUACCUCUCUCUGUCCUAUACUGUCUCUUUCCCAUCAGCACUUCCAUGCAUGGGAAGCUUCAAUUUCACCUUGCUACUAUUUGUUUUUGUUUGUUAACUUUUUCCAAUAAAUGUGUAAAAACCAGCUAACCAAUUAAAUGAAACGAAAAAAUUUUCUGAAAUUGGAAAGUACUUUAAAAAAAUAUAUCCUAUGAUGAGAGCGUUUUCCAAAAGAUAAAGCAAAAAAAGAAAGGAAGGAAGGAAAAGCAUGAGAAAAUAUUUCAAAGGACGGAUGGAGGUGUGCGGGAAGAGACACGCUGAAGGUGUCAUUUGCCAUUCUCUGUGGACCGUGGGGCUUCUGGUUUAGCAAAGCUACUUCCCACACGCUGGGGGACUGCCAUUUUAUACCUUCGGAGGAUGAACUUGAGUGAAGGUUUUGCUAUGGUUCUUCAGGGAUUUUUCCCUUCCUUGUUACCAGAAUCAUAGAAUCAUAGAAUAUCAGGGUUGGAAGGGACCUCAGGAAGUCAUCUAGUCCAACCCCCUGCUCAAAGCAGGACCAAUCCCCAAUUAAAUCAUCCCAGCCAGGGCUUUGUCAAGCUUGACCUUAAAAACUUCUAAGGAAGGAGAUUCUACCAUCUCCCUAGGUAACGCAUUCCAGUGUUUCACCACCCUCCUAGUGAAAAAGGUUUUCCUAAUAUCCAACCUAAACCUCCCCCACUGCAACUUGAGACCAUUACUCCUUGUUCUGUCCUCUUCUACCACUGAGACUAGUCUAGAACCAUCCUCUCUGGAACCACCUCUCAGGUAGUUGAAAGCAGCUAUCAAAUCCCCCCUCAUUCUUCUCUUCUGCAGACUAAACAAUCCCAGUUCCCUCAGCCUCUCCUCAUAAGUCAUGUGUUUCAGACCCCUAAUCAUUUUUGUUGCCUUUCGCUGGACUCUCUCCAAUUUUUCCACAUCCUUCUUGUAGUGUGGGGCCCAAAACCGGACACAGUACUCCAGAUGAGGCCUCACCAAUGUUGAAUAGAGGGGAACGAUCACGUCCCUCGAUCUGCUGGCAAUGCCCCUACUUAUACACCCCAAAAUGCCAUUGGCCUUCUUGGCAACAACGGCACACUGUUGACUCAUAUCCAGCUUCUCGUCCACUGUCACCCCUAGGUCCUUUUCCGCAGAACUGCUGCUUAGCCAUUCGGUCCCUAGUCUGUAGCGGUGCAUUGGAUUCUUCUGUCCUAAGUGCAGGACCCUGCACUUAUCCUUGUUGAACUUCAUCAGAUUUCUUUUGGCCCAAUCCUCCAAUUUGUCUAGGUCCUUCUGUAUCCUAUCCCUACCUGCCACCGUAUCUACCACUCCUCCUAGUUUAGUAUCAUCCGCAAAUUUGCUGAGAGUGCAAUCCACACCAUCCUCCAGAUCAUUUAUGAAGAUAUUGAACAAAACCGGCCCCAGGACCGACCCUUGGGGCACUCCACUUGAUACCGGCUGCCAUCUAGACAUGGAGCCAUUGAUCACUACCUGUUGAGCCUGACAAUCUAGCCAACUUUCUACCCACCUUAUAGUGCAUUCAUCCAGCCCAUACUUCCUUAACUUGCUGACAAGAAUACUGUGGGAGACCGUGUCAAAAGCUUUGCUAAAGUCAAGAAACAAUACAUCCACUGCUUUCCCUUCAUCCACAGAACCAGUAAUCUCAUCAUAGAAGGCGAUUAGAUUAGUCAGGCAUGACCUUCCCUUGGUGAAUCCAUGCUGACUGUUCCUGAUCUCUUUCCUCUCGUGUAAGUGCUUCAGGAUUGAUUCCUUGAGGACCUGCUCCAUGAUUUUUCCGGGGACUGAGGUGAGGCUGACUGGCCGGUAGUUCCCAGGAUCCUCCUUCUUCCCUUUUUUAAAGAUGGGCACUACAUUAGCCUUUUUCCAGUCGUCCGGGACUUCCCCCGAUCGCCAUGAGUUUUCAAAGAUAAUGGCCAAUGGCUCUGCAAUCACAGCCGCCAACUCCUUUAGCACUCUCGGAUGCAACGCAUCCGGCCCCAUGGACUUGUGCACGUCCAGCUUUUCUAAAUAGUCCCAAACCACUUCUUUCUCCACAGAGGGCUGGCCACCUACUCCCCAUGCUGUGUUGCCCAGCAUAGCAGUCUGGGAGCUGACCUCAUUCGUGAAGACAGAGGCAAAAAAAGCAUUGAGUACAUUAGCUUUUUGCACAUCCUCUGUCACUAGGUUGCUUCCCUCAUUCAGUAAGGGGCCCACACUUUCCUUGGCUUUCUUCUUGUUGCCAACAUACCUGAAGAAACCCUUCUUGUUACUCUUAACAUCUCUUUGAAAACUUUGAAAACUUGCUGAAAGGCCAACCAGGUACCAUCCUGGUUAACUGCAUUUAAGAGCUUUUUAUGUUGCACUGAGGAUAAACCUCACAGGUUGUUGGCUGGAUCAUGGGGGCGCAUGUUCAUAAUCAGCCAGGGCCUCUGCCCACGUUCCCCUUUGCACACGUGCAGGAGCAGAGAUCCAACAGGCUAGGUCUGUUUUGGUGCUCAGCUGCUAUGGGAUCCUGUGCUAUUUCUUAACCACUGGAAAGUGAUAAGGUAGCCAAAUCCCAGGUUGGAUUUCAGCUGCCUGCACUGACCUAGAAAAGUACCGAAGCAAUCUGAAAUAGCAGCUGAGCAAACAAGACCAGGGAUUUGGGGCCUGAUGUUUCAAAGCAAGCUGAUGCCAUUGCUGGCUUGGAGGGUGAACUGGCCCCUGUUCCUUUCUGCCCUCUUCCCUUCCAGCCUAUGGCUAGAGUGGAAGAGUAGACAGUGAGUUGCCUCCAUAUCCGUUACCAGAAGGAGUGACUGGCAAGCUUCCCCCCCACUCCCAGCCUGAUUCUGUGGCCGAAGAGGGAAAUCAGGUGAUGAGGGGCUCCCCACUCCCUUCCCAUUGCUGGAGAAGCAAAUCAGGCUGGCUCUCAAGUUACAAAUCUUGGGAGGGGGGGGCGGCAGUCACUUGCUGUGCCUGGGGCAGGUGCUGUAGCAUCCCUGAGAGUGCUGGUGGGCGUUGUGCGUGGGCAGGACCUCUCCCUACCAGGCUACUUGUAUGUGAAAUCAGCUUGAGGAGGGCAGUGGAGAGUUGGCAAGUGGGCUCCAGAUGCGAUUCCUUCCCUCCCCACUGGAGAACUUUCAUGCCCGGCCAGCCAAAGGGAUGGUGAGAUGGCUCCAGCUCAGCGGAGAGGCCAAUGCCGCCUGGGGUUAAUUUGCUCUCUGAGCGUGAUGGGUUCCCUUUGUGCAACAGUGGCCCCCUGGCACUCACUGGCUGGUGUAAAUCAGCACCGCUGCAUUGCUUUCAAUGGAGCGUUGCUGACUCUAGCAGCUUAGUGGCAUUGCACGGCUUUACACCAGCCGAGAAGCUGGCUCUCUGGGUGGAGUGGCUCUCGUGAAGGCCCCGGGGAGGGGCUGCCAAUUUUCUAUGUUCCACUGAGAGCAGAUGAAUGGUUAGACACCAACUGGAAAGGGUCUACCCCCAGGCUUGAGCUGCCCUUCCAUUGUAGGGCCCGAGUGGGCAGCCAGCACCUCUGCAUGUGUUACCCAGCACACCCCC